ACUACAGCCCGGUUGUACGCCGCUCAGUGACUGUGGAGACGCGGCGCGGUCACGUCGUGUUGCCGCCUCUCGCGCCGGUUAACAAUAUUCCAGUAACCAAAAAUUCAUAGUGCCGUGAAACUACAGUUUGCACAUACUAGUGAAGUGCUAACCAUAAAAGUCUGAUACUAUCACGUGUUACGCGUAGUGUUAUCUGCAUGUUGUGGGCUUUUAGGUAACGUGUGGCUCCUAGCUUUACUAAUAUUAGUGUACUGACUAUCGGCGGUGUGUAAUGUGCACUGUGCACCGGCACCUGUGAAAUGUUCAUCAAGGCCGGGCCGGGGACGGCCGAGCAGGAGCGCCGAGGCUCGGUUUCCAAUUGGUUCUCAUCGCUGCGACGUGGUGCUGGACGGCGUAAGCGUGAAGAAUCCGCUGUGCCCGCCAGCUAUGGCUCGUUAGGGCGGCGGAAAGAUGGCACUCAACCGCGAGGCAAGACCAGAUCAGCUUGGGAUCUUACCACCGUCACGAGACUGCAACUCAAAGAUGAGCUCGGAGAAGUGGUUGCCGAGUUGGAGGCCUUGGACGGCCAGGAGGAGUGCAAGCAGAACAGCAAAGCCAAACAGAUGAGCAUAGGCAGGAAGAAAUUUAAUAUGGACCCAAAGAAAGGUAUCGAAUACCUGUAUGAAAAUGGACUACUACAGAGGACACCAGAGGAUGUAGCACAGUUCCUGCACAAAGGAGAGGGUCUCAGCAAAACAGCGAUAGGAGACUACCUUGGGGAACGCUCAGAGUUCAAUGAGGCGGUGCUCAGAGCGUUCGUGGAGCUGCACGACUUCACGGAUUUGAUACUAGUCCAGGCUUUAAGACAAUUCCUAUGGAGCUUCAGAUUGCCGGGCGAGGCUCAGAAGAUCGACCGAAUGAUGGAGUGCUUCGCGCAGCGCUACUGCCAGCUCAAUCCUGACAUCUUCACGAAUGCUGACACGUGCUACGUUCUCAGCUUCGCGAUCAUCAUGCUCAACACCUCGCUACACAACCCCAGUGUGAAGGACAAGCCCUCGCCGGAGCAGUUCGUUGCUAUGAACCGGGGGAUCAAUAAUGGCGGCGAUCUGCCCCAGGAGUUGCUCUUGUCAUUAUACGAGUCUAUAAAGACGGAGCCCUUCAAGAUACCAGAGGACGACGGCAACGACCUAAUGCACACUUUCUUCAAUCCGGACAAGGAGGGCUGGCUGUGGAAGCAAGGCGGCAGAUACAAGUCAUGGAAGAGACGGUGGUUUAUACUGAACGACAACUGCCUGUACUACUUCGAAUACACAACGGACAAGGAGCCGCGGGGCAUCAUUCCAUUAGAAAACAUAUCCGUGCGGUGCGCGCACGAUCGCCAGAGGCCGCAUUGCUUGGAGCUGUAUGCGAGCGGCGGCGCCGACCUCAUCAAGGCGUGCAAGACCGACUCCGAAGGCAAGGUCGUCGAGGGCAAACACACCGUCUACAGAAUGUCAGCAUCAACGGCGGAGGAGCGAGACGAAUGGAUCGAGUGUCUGCGACGUUCCAUCAGCCACAAUCCCUUCUACGACAUGCUCGCGCAGCGCAAGAAGAAAGCGCAGCAUAACGCGCACUCUGGCGCACACUAGCUCUCGUGGUAGUGUGCUAGUGUGAAUAGUGAGCCCACGGAACGCUGCCAGCCUAUGCUCGCAAAGCUACCUCACUUCUGAAGCUCUAAAGCUCUCAAACCACCUCGACGGUAGUUCGACAAUGGCGACAGUAUACACGUGUUGACGAGCCAUUGAGAACACGCUGUCCGGUACAGCCGUCUAAACAGUGAUUCGAGUGACGUAUCUGUGUAGUUACAUAGGCUGGGACUAUGGACAUAUUUGUUCGGUUGCGUAAGCGUUGAAUCGUUCAAACUGACAAUUGCGUAAACACGAAGUACCUUGCGGUAUGAAUCAUUGAUAUUUUCGAUUCUAGUCGUGAUCAUCUAGAAGAAUCGAAAGGUUGUAGCCGUCUUAUAGAAUGAAUGCAAGAAUUUUCCAUUGUGGUCCGAUGAAUACGUUUGCGAUCGAUAUACAUCUACAAGGAAAAUUACUACUUAGAUAUUUAUUGCAGAAUUGAGGUGCUGAUUAAAACGCAUUCACUCAUUUCGAUUUGAUAAAAUGCAAUGCCGUCCUUUUCACAUCUUUCUAAACUUUCAAGUAGACAGCUCGCCUAUUUGAGCUAUCAAGCAAGAAGUUUAGGGAAUGUGUUUCACGAUCAGCCCCAAGUAUGCAUAAACUAAGGUUGCACACCCAUUAUGCUCGCCAGAAAUGAUUCAAAUGAUAAACAAACCUCAUGUUAAUGUGUUUGCUACCUUAGUCUAUAAUACUUUUAGAAAAUCUUUAUAGGAUACGCCUAAUACCACCGAGGCCUAAAGUGAUAGAUAUCGUUUUGAUGACACCUAAAACAAUGUUUUGAUCAAUUUACAUACAAGCCUAGGGAUUAUCUGAUUAGAUAACGCUGUAAUCAUGCCCAGGCAAAUUGAAAAACGGCGUUCAUCACAGAUUAUACCAUACGAAAAUGAUUUGACAUCAGUGAUUAGUAGUCAGGUUUCAUGAUAAUGUGAUAUUGAGGGUCAUGAGAGCAUGUGGUAGAAAUAGACUAGCGUUAGUGCAUCGUGCAUAUCAUACGCAGCGCUCGUCGGAGCAGCUUCAUGGCUGAACGUUAUUGCUGUCCAUGUAAAUAACGAAUGAAAGACUGAAACGAUAUAAGGCAUCUUAAAACAUUGAUUUAUCAACCUAACGCUAACUUAUGUACUAGGUGUGUGUACUGCCAAUAUGAUUAUUGAAAAUGUGAAGAAAUUUUUAAUUUAAUUGAAAUAUUAUUUAAUGCUUCGCUCGUUGCCUUGACAAUAAUACGUUACUUGGCAUUAUUAGCCGACACGUGUGAAUGUGUCGAUGGGUAUUUGUAUUCAAUGAAAGUAUUACUUUAUCGGUAUAUGUAAUGUGAAUUAUUACAGAAUAGUGUAAAAAAUAUGUAUAGAUUAGUAUAAUCUAGUGUAAAGUAAUUGCCAUCGCUUUAAUCUUAUGAAGAUGUAAAUAUAUGGUUUAAUUUACCUGAAUUAUAUAAAGUAAACAGUUUUCGUUUCCUAGAAGAAUUUUAGAUAACAUUCCUGUUUUCCAAUAGUGAUUUAUAUUUAUUCCUCUCUAAUUCUAUCUGAGCCUUCAUUUUCCAGUAAUGUAAAGUGUAUUUCCUUAUAUUUGUAUAUAUUGUCAUCGUCUCUCUUUCUAUAUGAUUAUAGUAAAGUAUACUGUUUUACCGAUUGUCUAUGUUUACGUUUUGUAUGUUCAAGCGUUUUAAAUAUUAAUGUAUUGAAUUUGUCGGCUUGUUGAAUUGUUCAAUGUUCGUUCAUGUUUUGUGGUAUGCUUAAAGUUAGUGCAAGUUUUGUCACAAUCAAGUAAAGAGGAUAUCGAAUGAGCCAUAUUUGAGUAGCACGGUAUUUGGUUGGUGUUGAAUUGCUAAUAUUAUGUUUUGUUGGGAGAAUGGUGCCUAAAAUCAAUCGAUCUGUAACUAGAGUAAUUAUUAGAGUUAGUAUCGUUAACAAACGCGCUGUAUAUUCGCCACAGAAAAUGUUAAUUUAUCUCAAUCGUAAUGUUUUAUAUGACAACUGAUAUUGCAUAAUAAUAAUGGUGUUGUAAAUAAUUUUGUAAGAAAAGGAAUAUACAUAAAUAUCUUUAUUUAA